UUGCCCUCGCCGUGCCCCACGCCCCGGGCCUCGGUCGGGGGAGGAUGAGCCGCAUCUACCACGACGGCGCCCUCGGGAACAAGGCCGUGCGCAGCGCGCGGCUGCCCGGCGCCUGGAACCCCGCCGCCCACCAGGGGGGAAAUGGCCUCCUGCUGGAGGGAGAACUGGUCGAUGUCUCUCGGCACAGCAUCUUGGACGCCCAUGGUAGGAAGGAGCGCUACUAUGUGCUGUAUAUCCGGCCCAGUCGCAUCCAUCGCCGUAAGUUUGACCCCAAGGGAAAUGAAAUUGAGCCCAAUUUCAGCGCCACCAGGAAGGUGAACACGGGCUUCCUCAUGUCAUCCUACAAGGUGGAAGCCCAGGGGGACAGCGACAGACUCACGCCCGAGUCGCUGAAGGAGCUGGUGAAUAAGCCAGAGCUGCUGGCGCUGACAGAGAGCCUCACGCCCGACCAGACGGUGGCGUUCUGGAUGCCUGAGUCAGAGAUGGAGGCGAUGGAGCUCGAGCUGGGGGCCAGUGUACGGCUGAAAACCCGAGGCGAUGGCCCCUUCCUGGAUUCAUUAGCCAAACUUGAGGCUGGAACAGUGACCAAGUGUAAUUUCGCUGGUGAUGGAAAGACAGGGGUGUCCUGGACAGACAACAUCAUGGCCCGAAAGUCUUCAGAGGGGGCUGCAGUGGAGACCCGAGAGCAGGGGGCUGGAGCAGAGGACGAGGAGUGGGAUGACUGAGGUUAGUGGGAGAUGGAGUGCCUCCGGGGCCCACCAGCACUUGAGAAUUUCUUCCACUGACUUCCACUCUGGAGCUCAAGGGGACAGUCCACCAAGCUCACCUGGUUCUUCCCUACAGCCGCCAUGGAAUACCCUUUGAACAAGCUCUGCUAAAAUCAAAUCCAAGCCCACGAUGUUAGCAGUGUGGCCCAUGCUGUGGCUCAUGCGAGUCCCUCCCUGGACGUGAGUCUAGCCUUCCUAGACACUUUCAUGAUGGCUCUUGCCCUGAGUGGCAGCCUUGUUUCUGGAGGCAGGCAGUGGGUGAGUCCCCAGGGUAGUCAGAGGAACUGGACUUGCUCUUGGUGCAGAAUCUGGGAAUAUCCCUCAUCUGCAUUCAGAGUGGCUCAGAGGAGAAGUCAGCGGGGCUCCUUCCUCUGCCCUUGUAUUUUCUGCUUUCCUUCCACACCCACCCUCCUCCCCCACACUCUGUGUUGUAGCCUCUGCUCUCCUGCUCCAGCCUCCUUUCCCCGAUGCCGCUAAUUCUUUAUUCCUCCUCUGGUUCUCUGCCACCUUAGGGUUCCUGUCUCCUGACCUCCUUGGCUGCUUUCCUGGGGAUGCUGUUCUCAGGGAGGCCUAGAGCAUUCACAGGUGUGGCUGGCUGGUCCCCACCUCUCACACUCACUCUGCUGGGCCACAUUUUUGAUAACACCUUUUUUGUUGUUGUUUUGUACCUUGAGAACUUUCUAUGAAUGAGUAAAUCUUCAGAAAAGGA